UUUUGUAAUCAUAUGAAAAGAAAAGUAAGGAAUUUUCCAUUACUCUCUCUCACUUCUCUCUCUCUAAUUCUCACCAAGAACCCAGAAUUGAGAAUAAGAAUCUAUAGAUCAUUAUGCUCACCUCUCUGCUCUUGUUUAAGUGAUGAGCUGAAUCUAACAAACGUUCACACGUGUUAACACCCACACGUGCGACUUCUUCUUUAUUCUCUUCAAAGCCUCUUCUUGAACUAGAAGUUUCUUUUGAACAUGUAUAGUCCAAAUACUCUAGUUGCUUUAGAGUCAUUGCCAAACUUGAACUUGUUUUAUCCUUCUUCUCUUUCAUUAGCUUGAGCAAGCUGAAGCUUCUUUGUGCUUUCUCCAAGCUCCACUUUAAAGUUGAAUCAUACUCAAACAUUUACUGACAGAGGACUGAUUCAUAGAAUAUUUAACAUCAUAAGAUGAUCUUCUCAAUAAUAAUGGCGGUUCUUUUGGCCCAAGCUUCAAGUUUGCCAAAGAAGACUGUCCAGAGUUCGGAUGGGGAUAUUGUAGACUGCUUCGACGUGAGAGAUCAGCCUUCAUUGGAUCACCCACUAUUGCAGAAUCAUGAAAUUCAGGGCGCACCCGCCACAGGAUUACCAUAUAUGAUCAACAAAGCGGGAAAAAGAAGAGUUUGGCAGGUUUGGAACCAAAACGGCACCAGCUGUCCUGACGAAACUAUACCCAUAAGACGUAGCGUGGUCGGGGCUAAAAGAUUUAAGAAAAAACAUUGGACAGAUGUUCGAGUCAAUCGCCGAACAGUUCCAUACGCCGCUGAGGAGGGACACGAGUACGCGAUUGGAGAGGUGGUAUAUCUGCGGGGAAUAUAUGGAACAGUGGCAACUAUGAACGUUUGGAAUCCAUCUGUAGAACAUGGAACAAACGAAUUUAGUUUGUCCCAAAUUUGGCUCGUCGCUGGACAUUACAACGAUUCCGACCUCAACACAGUCGAGGCUGGUUGGCAGGUUUUCCCGGAUCAUUAUCAUGACAGCCAGCCACGACUUUUCGUCUAUUGGACGAAGGACACAUAUCAGAAGACAGGGUGUCUCAACCUCGAGUGCCCUGGUUUUGUUCAAGUCACUAGCGAGUUUGCCAUUGGCAGUGCAUUCUCUCCUACAUCUUCUUACGGCGGCAGCCAGUACGACAUCACGAUGUACAUAUGGAAGGAUACUAAAGAUGGCAACUGGUGGCUGAGCAUUGACUCCUCAGUGAUUGGGUAUUGGCCGGCGAGGCUUUUCACGCAUUUAGCUCACGGGCCGGCGACGUUGGUACAGUGGGGAGGCGAGAUUGUAAACUCUCGCAGCUAUGGCCAGCACACUACCACACAGAUGGGCUCGGGACAUUUUGCAGAGGAAGGCUUCGGCAAAGCAGGUAGCUUCCGAAACCUGAAAAUUAUUGACUACCUCUCGUACAUGCAACCAGUCCAAGAGUUCAUCCUGCAAACGAAGAACCCCACAUGUUAUACUGCCAUAAAGGGAUACAGCGAGGAGUGGGGGAGUCAUUUCUACUACGGCGGACCGGGAUAUAACGCCCUGUGUCCAUAGUGUUUGGACAUUAGGAUAAACUUAUUUCUUUAUGAUAUAUGAUAAAACUAGAGUUUGGAGUGUUUAAUGACGUUAAAUAAAAAACUAGAGUUUGGAUUUCA